AGAUUAUUCUACAUGGUCGAAUGACAAUAAAGAAAAAUCUUUUAAUUCAAUUUCUUCAUUAUCAAUCGAACAUGAAAAACAAUUUACAGAAAUAAAAUUCUGUGAAUGUAUAUAUUUCACAAAUUAUAAAAGUUUUAAAGAUUAUUUAAUUAAUAAAGGAAUUAUAAAUUCUUCUUUGAAAAUUUAUGAAAAUACUAAAAAUAAAAGAUUAAAUAGUCUUCUUUCUUGGAUAGAAUUUCAUAUUAGAUCAAUAUUAUAUGGAUUUAACGAAGGGUAUAAAUAUCAUUAUAUUAAUAAUACUUUGGAUUUAUUAGAUGGAAUAACUGAAAGAAAUACAAAAUUAAUUGAUUAUUGUUUAGAAGAAGUAAAUGAAUAUUGUAAAGAGUAUAAUAUUAAAUAUAUUUGGACUUGGAGUGAUUUAGAAGAUUAUAAUGAAAAAUAUCUUGCGUAUUGA